UGCAGGGUUUAACGGGGAACUAUUAGCGCUGGUGUUAGGCUCUGCUGCAUAGAGAAUCCGGGUCUAUGGCGUAAAAUGCCCGCGAGAAUAAAAAAUAAAGGUGGAAAUAACAUGUCUUCUAGGGACAACGGAAAUAGCCCCGCCUUGCGGCGCGCGGCACUAGCGGGGAGGUGGUGGCGCAUGCGCAGUCAGAGUGGCACCCCCCACGUGUAUUAGGUGAGCGUGUGCGGCGCUCAGCAAGUCACAGGGCGGUGAGCGGAGGGACUCGGCGCGCCAUGGCAGGGAAAGCAUUUAAGAAGUUUCUUCCCCUGUUUGACCGUGUUCUGGUUGAAAGAUGUGCAGCUGAGACUGUAACCAAAGGAGGCAUCAUGCUUCCAGAAAAAUCUCAAGGAAAAGUGCUACAAGCAACAGUAGUGGCAGUUGGAUCGGGAUCCAAAGGAAAGGAUUUUUACAAUUGGCCUGAUGAAUCCUUUGAAGAAAUGGAUAGCACACUAGCUGUUCAACAGUAUAUCCAACAAAACAUAAGAGCAGACUGUUCUAACAUUGACAAAAUCCUGGAGCCUCCUGAAGGGCAGGAUGAAGGUGUAUGGAAGUAUGAACAUUUACGACAAUUCUGUCUCGAGCUCAAUGGACUUGCUGUCAAGCUUCAGAGUGAAUGCCACCCAGAUACAUGCACUCAGAUGACAGCAACUGAACAAUGGAUUUUUCUUUGUGCAGCCCAUAAAACUCCUAAAGAGUGUCCUGCUAUAGACUACACCAGGCACACACUUGAUGGAGCUGCAUGUCUUCUGAAUAGCAAUAAAUAUUUCCCCAGCAGGGUUAGCAUAAAGGAAUCCUCUGUAGCCAAACUAGGGUCAGUGUGCCGUAGGAUUUACAGAAUAUUUUCCCAUGCGUAUUUUCAUCAUCGGCAGAUAUUUGAUGAAUAUGAAAAUGAAACCUUUUUGUGUCACCGGUUCACUAAAUUUGUGAUGAAAUAUAAUUUGAUGUCCAAGGAUAACCUGAUUGUACCAAUUUUGGAAGAGGAGGUGCAGAAUUCAGUGUCUGGGGAAAGUGAGGCAUGAUGGGAAUUGUGGUACAGAAAGCAACUGUACUAAACACACAAUUGACAUUAUGUACUGUAUAUAUCAUUUUAGACACUUCAAUCAUGUAUCAUUAUAGCUUUGUUUAGUAUACUUUUGUAUGCUGUGUGCAUUGCCUUUUAAUAUGGGAAAUACUUUAAGUUAUUCAUGAACUGUAUAUUCAUCAAUGUGGCACUCAUGGUUUUUAAAUAAAAUUAGUAUUAUCUGUUUAUAAUACCUGUUAAUAAAAGAAUUACAGUUGUGUAAAAUUGCUGCUAAACAAUCAUUGGAUCACAGUCCUCAAAUGUGUCUGAUUAAAAAAGAUAAGUGAGACUAAGGUUUCACACAAGCCAUUUUCUAAUGAAAUAGCAACAUUAGCCUUAGUUCUGAGUUUAAUAUAUACCUUAAAUUUAGAAUCCUGCAGGAAGGUCCUUGUAAUGUAGCUUAUUCCUAGUUUUAGCUCUUACUUUUUUUUUUUUUAAAAGAACUCAUUUGUUUCUAAGUUUUACUUCUGCUUUUGGGUGUGCGUAUAUAGUAUUAACUAUUCUUGUAUGUGUAUAGCCAACUAUUAAACACAACUACAGUAUUAGUUAAUACCAAAAGGAUAACUUUACUAUGCUUCCAAAAGUAUAUUUUUGAUCUAUACGAGAGACAGUUCUGUACUUUCUGGACUUACCUUUCUGUAACAGUGGUGGCCUGUAUACAUCAUGGAAGUGAUGUGUUGAGCUUAAGGGAAGGAAAGAUUAUUUUUUUCUUAUGAAAAUCCUCCACUUUCAUUCCUCCCAUGACUUCUCAAAAGAAUAGCAGUGGCUGAAAAUAACCUUUCCUCUUGGCUAUAGUAAGGUACUUAGUGGUUUUAUACCUGUGCAUAUCUAUAGUAACUGCUUACAGAUUAUACCUCAGUGUUCAUAUUACACUACAGAACAAUGUACUAGCAUAGUCUUGUUUAUUGUCUCAGCAAAAAAAUUGAACUCUAGCCUUGCAAUACUUUUGAUUCAUGUUGAGAGUAUGAUUAACAAUGUGCUUUCAUCCAUUCACCUGGAUGGUAUCCACUCUGAGAUGAAAUACACAGUUGGAGUUGUUUGCAGAUUUGCAAUAACUCACAAGUUCCAUGAGUGCUGCUUAAUGGUGUUGAACUGUCCAAAAUUUGAUUAGAAUUAAAUGUUUUAAAGAUUA